CCUCAUCAUAUCUGUCCACCUGCCCUAGGGAUGGAUGAGGUCGAUUGUUUGUCAGCCAGGCUUGAAUUACCAUGUGGGCUUGUUUUGCCCAACCGGUUAGUCAAGGCAGCAAUGGAGCCAUGCCUUGCUAAAAGCAGGAAACCAAGCGAGAAUCACUUCAACUUGUAUUCAGAAUGGUCUGAUGGGGGGUUUGGAUUGAUAAUCACCGAAAACAUUCAAGUAGCAGAGCAUUACAUAGGCUCGCCCCAUGACAUAGUUAUGCUACCUUCGGAUUUGGAUAGAGUUCCUGAAAGCUGGACCACCUGGGCCAAAUCAUGUCGCACGCCUACACUCGUCCAACUUUGUCAUGCAGGACUUCAGUCGUCUCGAGGGUGUGGUCGGUACGUUUGGGAGCCCUCGAUCUCCCCUACUUCGAUGAGAAUAUCGAUGGGAGACUCUUUACUUGCAAGAGCUCUUUCUAUUUUACUGUUCAACACUUCACGGAUGAUGGAUAAAAAUGAUAUCAAAAGGGUGGUGCAACAGUUCGCGGACGGGGCUUUAUUGGCACAUCGCAGUGGGUUUCUGGGUGUGCAGCUGCAUUGUAGCCAUGGCUAUCUCUUAGCUCAAUUUUUAAGCCCGAGGACCAACAAGCGCAGCGAUGAAUACGGCAACAGCUCCUUUAACCGCCUGAGACUUCUCUUUGAGAUCAUCGAUGCCAUUCGAGCUUCUCUUCCUGCUUCAUUUUGUCUUUCUGUUAAGCUCAACUCGGCCGACUUUGUGACUGGGGGGUUAACUGAAGCUGAUGCUCUUCAAAAUGUUGAGUGGAUCGUUCAGCAUGGAGGUGUUGACCUGAUCGAGAUAUCCGGGGGAACGUACGAAAAUUCUUUAGCGAUGGGGAAAUGCCAUCAGACGAGGGGGCCAGACCCAAAAAUGAUGAUGGGCAUAGAGAAGGACUUGGUUUGAAGAUUCGACCCCGAGAGGCUUUUUUUGCCAACUUUGCUGCCCGGGCACGAGCGCGCGUCCAAGAGAUUUGUCCAAAGAGCACACCUUUGAUUCUCUUGACAGGAGGUUUUCGGACACGCAUUGGAAUGGCCGCGGCAAUUGAUGCGGGUCAUACUGAUUUGAUUGGGAUUGGUCGGCCAGCUUGCCUGAACCCUCAUAUAGCUUCUCGUAUACUAGAUCCAAAUACGCCCGAACCCAUCUGUCCAAGAGUCAAGAUUCGAGGGAUUGGUCUCUGGCAAACCAUAAUACCCAUCAAUCUCGUGGGGGCUGGUUUCAGUACUGUAUGGCACGCGUGGCAACUACAAAGGAUUUCAAAAGGCAAAAAGGUUGAUUUACAGUGCAGUGCAUUGGCAGCUCUCAGGGCUCUGGGGCCGUCCAAAUCUUCUCAUAUUUCGCUCAUUCUAUACGCCACCAUAAUUAUCGGCCUUCUCACAUCUUUGCAAAAGUUGAUCCAGUGAUAUUGAGAAAAACCAGAGAAACCACUUGUCAACUUAUCUAUGAGUACCCUUACAAUUCAGCCACCUUUGGUUCAUGUUACUUGACAUCCUUUGAUAUAUACCUGACCUGAGGAAAGGAAUGCAUUUAUCUUUUGUAGAGAUGUCC